AAGAGGCAUAUUAUUAUUAUUAUUUAUUUUUUUUGGCAUAUUAAAGGACAACCCCGACUUUCUGUUCUCGUUCAGUCCAGCUCUUCGCCUUCAUCUCAGGAGUCUUUCCCCACCCCAUCUGGUCUCACCGACGUCAUUACAUUUGAACCAAUCACUGAAGGGAGGCCGCACAGCCGUAUUUACACAGCACAAGUAUAAGAACGGAGGUUCCGCUGUAGCCGUCAUUCAGUUGUUGCGACUCUCUGAUCACAAUGCCUGAACCUGCCAAGUCCGCGCCCAAGAAGGGCUCCAAGAAAGCCGUCACCAAGACGGCCGGCAAAGGAGGAAAGAAGAGGAGAAAGUCCAGGAAGGAGAGCUACGCCAUCUACGUCUACAAGGUGCUGAAACAGGUCCACCCCGACACCGGCAUCUCCUCCAAGGCCAUGAGCAUCAUGAACUCGUUCGUCAACGACAUCUUCGAGCGCAUCGCCUCCGAAGCGUCUCGUCUGGCUCACUACAACAAGCGCUCCACCAUCACCUCCAGGGAGAUCCAGACCGCCGUGCGCCUGCUGCUCCCCGGGGAGCUGGCCAAGCACGCCGUGUCUGAGGGCACCAAGGCCGUCACCAAGUACACCAGCUCCAAGUAAACUUCUUACCGCGGAGAAACAAAGGCCCUUUUCAGGGCCACCCACUCCUCCAUUUCCGAGCUCUGAUUCGAAUGUGUUGUUUUCUACCUCAAAUAUUUCAGUGCAGAUCCUAAGUAAAUUAUGUGGUACAAGCCAACAUGACGUUAGUGAACCUUAACCAAUAUUUAUAAAAUGUCAAACAGCAGAUUCAAAGUUUGUGGUGGACACUGAAUGUGGAUGACAUGAACUAAUUGAAUAAAUGCACAAAAAAAAAAAAAGUUGUUGGAUUUCCAUGUUGACACAGGUUAUAAAAGGUAAUAAAUGCUUUCUCUCAUUGUAUAAGAGAUUAAAUGUAAAUUCAUGAAAAAGAUAUAAAGCUUAUUAAUAGUAACGACGACGCUGAAUUUGGCUUCCGAUUCGCGAGAGCGUUCCACUGUAUUUUUCUAACUCAGACCACCUAAAAACAGGUCCUGUCCAAAACAUACAGGAUUUAGACAGGUCAAACCUGGAUUAAAUUAUGCUUUGAAUAAUAAAGAUUAUGUCAAACAUAGUCUCUGAUUUGUG